CAGAUGUAAUGACAAAAAAUACAACUUGAUUAAAAGGACACAGUUGGAACAGUAUGGAUACUAGUAAUCCGGAUUAUAGACUUAAAACAGCGCAGAUUCACAGGAUAUUUUACAGACCAAUUAAACUUGAUAUUAGGUUUGAGAAGGUGAGGAUCAUUGAUAUUGACAAUGCUAGACAAGAAUUUCGAGCAGAAGUUCAGCUAAGUUUUCGUCACAAGAAACCAUCUGGAAAUUACAAGAAAAGGACUUGGGAUCCACUAAUAUACUUUCCCAACUGCUCGACGAUUCAUGACACUCACAAGACAUUGGAUUAUGAAAAGAGGGGCAACAUGGUUUCAGGAACUUACACAAUUGAUGGAACAUUUAUAGAAAUUAUGGAGCUUCUUGAUUUUCCAUUUGAUUUACAGAAACUGACAAUCAAGGUGUCGUCUCGGCGAGAUUGUUCAGAAGUGGAAAUUAUAGGUCAUGACUCAAGCCAGUUAUCGGGACGUUCGACAGUGGAAAAAGCUUCACAAGGAUGGUUGUGGCACGCAGAUUUUAAAACAAAGGUAUAUUUAGUAGAAACUACAGAUGAGAAAGAAAACAGUCUCGAGGACAACCCAAAUGAAAAACCGGGGAAAAUGAAGAAACGUAACACUAUAAGAAGGAGACGAAAGAGUAUUAAGGCAAUGAAGUUAAAGCAAGAAAACGCCGGCAAGGGAAAACCAAAUACAGACCCGGAGGAAAUGGCGAAGGAAAACAUUAAUACAAGAGGGCAAGAAAUCAAGAAUACUGCUGGUCGUCAGUGCAAAAUAACAUUAUAUGUUGUGAGAAAGUGGAGGUUCUAUAUGUGGAAUAUAAUCCUAAUUACGUUUUUGAUAAUGGGGUUGACAUUUACGUCUGGAACUCUUGCCAACAGCCAAACAGGAGAACGACUAAGUGUUACGCUGACAUUGCUACUGACGUCAGUGGCUUUUAAGUCAUCGAUCAGCGACCGUCUACCAGUGCUGUCCUACCUAACAUUGUUGGAUCGGUACAUUCUGGCGUGUAUCUUCACCCAAGUGGGCAUCGCUGUACAGAAUGCAGUAUCUUCCUUUUUCCGGAAACCUAGUUUAGUGGCAUAUGGUGAUACAUUUGACUUGAUCUCUAUGUUGUUUAUCGGCCUAGUAACAAUUGCGUGGAACGUGUAUUUUAUUAACAAAGCCAGAAAAGUGCUCAAAGCCAACCAAUACACUAUACGCAUGGUUAGGGAAGAGAAGGAAAAUGCCAAAGGAGCUGCUGCUGAUGUUACAGAGAAAGAUCCCUCUGACCGCGAGGCGCAGCAUGAUGAUGCAAACCACACGGGCCCCGGUAAACAGAACAGCAGUAACAAGAAUACAGAGACUGCGAUUCCAAAACGCAAUAAUAAAGUGAGGGAUCAGGGCACGGUCUCGGGAACAGCUGUGAAUAAUAGAGAAAACAAAAGCCAUCACGAUCGAACAUCUGAUCACGUCGUGAACAUAGACAACUGACCUUACUGUCAGGGUCAACCAUGGUGUACAUUAUUAGUCCCCUACCGGUCAGCCAGAGGUGACUUAGUGUCUCUCAUCGGCCUUCUGUCUGUCUGUCCCGCAUACAGUUUCCGGACUUUGUUUUCGCAAUACUUCAAACUACUGAGCUAAACUUUUGUGUAUAUCUUUAUCAAGUAUGGUUACAGACCAACGUUGACUUCCAUGGUGAUUUACCCAUUUGUUACAGAUUUAUGACCCCUGAACUAAGGAGAAACGUACAUUUGUUUUCUGGACUUUGUUUUUCACAAUGCAUAAAGAUAUUGAGCUGAAAUGUUGUAUAUAGCUGUUAUACUAGUAGAUCAUGUUUGACUUUCAUGGCGAUUUACUCAUUUGUCAUAGAGUUAGGACCUUUGAACUUAAAGAUAUCUGAAAAGUGUUGAGCCGGUAGGGGACAUGUAUUGCUUUAGCAAUACUCUCAUAAUGAUUGUUUUGACAAGCUUGUGAUGUUGUUUUUUAUAUGUGUUUUAAACUGAAUUAUUUUGGGGGAUUAAAGUUGUAUCUACGUCUAGGAUCGAUCCCUGUCAGUGGGCCCAUUGGGUUAUUUAUCAGUUUAGCCAGUGCACCACGAUUGGUAUAUCAAAGGCAGAGAUAUGUGCUAUCCUGUUUGUGGGAUGGUGCAUAUAGAAGAUCCCUAGCUAUUAAUAGAAAAAUAUUAAGUGUUUCGUUGUAAUUGCUAGUUUUGUGUUUUCAUAUUGAAUGGUACAAAGGGUAUUGAUCUGUUCUAUAUCCAUUCUGCUGGUGCUGUGUUCAUUCCUCAAACGGAAUGGACACUAUUGGAUUUUCCUUUAUGAUUUUGUAUCAAAAUGUAUUUACUAGUAUAAAUAGGUAGUCCGACAUUGUAAUUGCUGGUCGUUUUAAGCAUUUGUUUUGAUGAUACAGACAUAACGCAUCUUAACUUUCGAUUCUGUUCACAAAUGUAUUUGAUUGGUGUAGACAUUGCGGCAUAUUGACUGCAGAUUCUCUAAAAAGUGUGUUUUCUUUAACGACACGACUAGAGCACAUAGCUUUUUAAUCAAUGGCUAUUGGUUGUGAACCAUUUUGUAAUUCUGACCUAUAGUCUUUGAGGACACGUUACAUUAUCCAUUAGUAUCAAGGAAUCACUUAUAUAUACUUUCCUACAGCCAGGAGAGCCGUGGGGGCACUGGUUUGGACGAUACAAACAAUCAGAGAAUGGGUCCCUAAUUGCAAAAAUGUAUUUUGAACGGUAGAGAUAUUAUUGCAUCUUAGUUGCAAAUUUUCUCAAUUCUUUACAAAUUUGUUUGAAAUAUAUAGUAUAUUUUUAUCUUAACUGCCGAUUGUCUAAUUGCAAAUUUAUUUGAAUUAUAUAGACAUUAGCUGUCAAUUUCAUUUAUGUAGAUUUUAUUGCAUUUUAACUACCGAUCUAUGUUUACAUACAUAAUAGAAUGAUGUAGGUUUAUUGCAUUUGUAAUCCCUGGUAAUAUUUAUAAUGUAUUUGAAUGAUUAUAGGCAAUACUGCUGAUCGUGUAUUCACAGUUAUACUGAACGGCAUACGGCAUAAGUAGUAUGGUUUAUAAAUAAUCUACACAUUUCAUAUACAGAUAUAUUUAUUUUAAAGCUGAUUGUAGAGUGGGUUUUUGUUUUUUAUUGUUCAUUUUUUAAAACUCGUUAUUGUUUAGAAUUAAGGAAGGAAACGGUAGUCAUCUUAUUUGUAAAAUAUUGUUUUAUACUUACCACGACGCGAUUAUUACAAGACGAAAAUACAACACUGUAUUAACUUCUAGUGUUUACUAGCUCCUAUGAUAUGUCAACAGAAUAAAUACUGUUAUUUUAUUGUAUUUAUUAGAUCUUCUUUUGACAUGACCUGACAAUAAAGUCCAAUUCUG